AUGCCUCGCUGGACGGUGCACUUGGAGGGGGGUCCCCGGCGGGUGAAUCAUGCUGCGGUAGCGGUUGGACAUCGAGUGUUUUCCUUUGGCGGUUACUGUUCUGAAGAGGACUAUGAGACUCUGAGGCAGAUUGAUGUCCAUGUCUUCAAUGCCGUGUCUCUACGUUGGAGAAAACUGCCUCCUGUCAUUGGAUGUCAGUCUAAGGUUCCCUACAUGAGGUACGGCCACACCGCUGUGCUCAUCGAUGACAUCAUCUACAUCUGGGGGUGGCCGCGCAAUGACACCGAGGGGGCUUGUAAUGUCCUCUACAUAUUCCACACAGGAACCGAGCAGUGGGCCACCCCCCAGGUGACAGGACAGAUUCCUGGAGCUCGGGACGGGCACUCUGCCUGUGUCCUGGAGAGGACCAUGUAUAUCUUUGGAGGAUAUGAACAGCUGGCUGACUGCUUCUCCAAUGAUAUUCACAAGCUGGACACCAAAUCCAUGAGCUGGGCGCUAGUGAAGGCCAAAGGCUCAGCAGCUCGCUGGAGAGAUUUCCACUCAGCCACUGUGAUUGGUCAGAAGAUGUUCGUGUUUGGCGGCCGCGCGGAUCGCUCCGGACCAUUUCACUCCAACAGCGAGAUCUACUGCAACCGCAUCCGAGUGUUCGACCUCAUGACCGAGAGCUGGCUGGAUGCAGCCCAGUCCACAGCGCCCCCCGAAGGGAGGAGGAGCCAUUCGGCCUUUGCAUAUCACGGGGAGCUGUAUGUGUUCGGUGGAUAUAACGCCAGACUGAACCGUCACUUUCAAGAUCUGUGGAAAUACACCCCAGAUUCGGGUCGCUGGCAGCGUGUGGAGGUCCAGGGAAAAGGUCCGUGCGCUCGGCGCAGACAGUGCUGUUGCAUUGUAGGUGACAAAAUCCUGCUUUUUGGAGGCACCAGGUAA